AUGGGAAUUAUUGGCAAUCUUGUCUCGAUUGGCGUUGGCCUGACUGCAGAGGCUGUCAAUUCCAAAAAAAACAGACAAGGUUCUCUGCAACAGCAAAUGCAAGGACCUCGACAGACUACUCGACAGCCAGCAUACCACAAGGAUUACGAUGAAGAUGGCUACGACAGCGACAGUCUUCCUCCACCGUAUAGCUCGGCAGUCAUUCCUCGACAAACCCCCCAGCCAGCCGCACGCCUACCAUACCCAGUUAUUAUCCCCCAAAGGAGGCCCGAGAGCAGCAGUCGUGGCUGGAUGCUGGCGUAUGCACCGGACUUAGGCUCGUUUGGGAUUGAUCAGGCCACGUUCUUGAAGUUUAUAUAUGACUUCAACGAGUCCUACAAGACAUCUCCAUACUUGGAUGCGAUCAAUCUGGCGGCGUUUGGCGUUGGCUUCAUCCCUGGUAUUACUCCGAUUGUAGUUUCGGCUGGCGUCACGCUGGCAGUGUCAUAUGCAAAGAAGCAGCAAAGCAAAAGACAUGCAUGGACAUACAUUGACCGAAUGAAUAGCGAGUUAUUCGAGCCGCGUGGUCUAUUUGCCGUGGUUAUGACCCUUCAACCAACUAACCAGGCCUCUUUGUCGGUUGAUUCAGAGACUUCUGAAAUUGUUGGGAGUUCUGGGACUCUCGACUAUGAUGCAACAACAACAAUCACCCCGGAACUACCUCAAUCCGCGCCUCUGAUUUUUCCCAGCCGGGAAGAAAUUGCCGCGCUUCGGCCGCGUGGGAACAAACUGGUAGAAAUGGGCCAUUUUACUGCAGACUACCUCGACCGAAGGGCCCAAGCAAAAUAUAUAUAUGAGCAGGCCCAGAAAAAUCCAAACUCGGGGCUGGCAGUUCGAAAUAUACAGUUCAAUAGUUCGUUGAGUGAUCCUCGAUAUUAUAAUGCGGGCAAUAGCGGCGGUCGUUCGAGGCCGCUUACCAGUGGUCGCUCGAGUGAGGGAAAUCUCCGAAGGGAAACGAGAAGAGAAGAAAGAAGGGAGGAGAGGGGAGAAAGACAUCAUCUAAGGGACAAUAUAAAGCCCAAGGCUUCGGAUUCAAUCCUUUAUUUGAUGAUUGCCGAAAAGCCUUCCGAUGAAGAUAUGGACAGACUAAAUCACCCUACAGCAAUGCCUUUUGCUGUCUCCCAGCCCCAGCCUCUGCCGGAUCCUAGGGCUAAUGGUGUAUACAUACCCUACCGGCCUGCUCCUGCUCCUGUUCCUCAACAACGACAGAUGGGGUAUCCUGUUGGUAAUUCUGUCUACGAGAUUACCCACCCGGCAGCGUCUUGCUGUCCGGAGUGGCAUGGCUACCGGCACCAUGACGGGCAUCACGGUGUUGCGAAGCAUAAUCGACAGAUGACCACAACGCUCUCGACCAAUGUAGCAACUCCCAUCGCUGACGCCGCCGCACGCAAUGAUAUCUCCUCGAACCCCCCGCAGCGCGGACAAUCCAUACGCUCGAUACGAUCCAUCAUUACACUGCCUUCCUAUAGUCGACUUCCAAAGGAUGAAGAACAGGUGAUUGCACGCGAGGGAGAGCGUAGCGGGAUGGAUUUGGUCGUUGAAUUCCCCGAGACGGCCGAAGAACAGGAGAAUCGUCGGGAGGAAGAAAUGGAGUCUUUGUAUCAGAUCCGAGUGAGGCGCCGCGAAGAACUGGCCGAACGUGAUGAACGCCGACGACAGCGCCAAGAAGCCCGCGCUGCAGGCGACACAGAACGCCUUAUGCAAUUAAGCAGGGCCAGUAUGGCCUCGCGCCAAAAUCGCGAUAGACCCAGUGCUAGUGCCAUGCUGGCUGAGCACCAGUCUCGAGAUCGUCACCAACGAUUCGCUUCCGUGAGCUAUGCCGACAUUGGGCACGUGCGUCACGAUGGAUCGCGUAUUCGAGCCAACUCGGCCGAUUCUGACCAUCGUCCCCUACUGGAAACUUCUCGCCAAUCCACCCAGUCAAUCCUGACCGUUCGGAGCCAGGCUCGUUCUUCCGUGUCUGGAAUUAGUACUAUCAGCGCUAGCAUUCACUCCGGCGAUGGCAACACCACGGGCGAAGUGGACGAAGGAGAUCUCAGCACUGCGCAAAUCCCUCCUCCGAGUUAUGACUAUGACGACUGGGGUGAAGCACCCGCUUACGAGAGUCCCAUUUCAGGUACCAGAGGACAAUUAUUGACAGAUAUGCUUCCGCAAAUCCGUAUCGAUACUGCCAGUCCUUCUAUUAGCGCGCCGCUUACUCCGGUUGCUGAAACCACUAACACCUCUACCAACACUUCUACUACCACCCUCACAUCUGGCUCCCACGAGCCAAGCUCGGAGCGGCCAGAGAAUCCACCCCAUCCAGCCAGCGAGGCAACACAAUCAAAUUCUUCGUGA